UGUCAACUAUUCAACAUGGAGGCGGAGGUCGAUAAGCUGGAACUGAUGUGCUGCCUUCUCCAAGCUGAACCUUGGGUCACUUCAACAUCAGCACUUGUAGUGAUCCUGGAAGAAACUGAGUACCACACUCGCCCCCAUUCCCACCUCCAGAAAAUGCUGGAAUAUGAAAUCAAGACUAAUCAUCCUGUUACAGCAGGCAAGAAAAAUCCAGUUACACUCUUAAAGGAAUUGUCAGCAAUAAAGUCUCGAUAUCAAACUUUGCAUGCACGCUUUAAACCAAUUGCUGCAGAGCAGCAAGAGACUAAGAACCGCAUUUGUGCUACUGUCAAUAAGACUAUGACCAUGAUACAAGAGCUACAAAAGCAAACAGACCUGGAGCUGUCACCACUGAGUAAAGAAGAGCAAACUGCGGCAGAACAAUUAAAAUCUUUCAUGUCAGACUUAUGAAGAAAUGGACUUGCAAAAGGGAAUUCUGAUGAAGAAGAGAUCCAUUCCAGAAAGAUUUAGGAAGAUGUCUUGUUAGCACUUGAUGACUAGAGGUGGGAGGAUGGAGAAGAAGAUUUGGUUGUGGUCACUGGAUAAUGAUGCCUUUUACAAGAGAGGGAACUAUAAGAAGGGCAGAUAUAGGAAUAAAGUUUAGCCAAAAGGAUGGAAUGGGAAUAAAGAGAUUUAAAAAUAAAUAUCACACGUAAUUAGUCUUAUAAUUUCAAGCAAGGAAGUCACAUAACUCUAUUUUGCAUCUAUUUUUGUGUAGUUGGGAUAACAUGAAUGUCCUGGCCUAUUAAGAAAGGAUAUAUGUACUAUCAGAUGUGAAUGAGCAUGCUUUGGAAACUAAAGGAUAGAAAAAAAUAUUUGUUUUACAUUAUACAUAUGUAUAUAAUUUUAUUUUUGAAAAUUUUGAGUAUAGAUAAUGGUCACAUUAUUGAUGAGACUGCUAGUAUGGGGCCUCUAGUCCUCCACAGAAGCUAACUUUGGUAAUAAUAAAUGGGCUUUUCUGUGAUAGCCUUA